GAAAUCUUUCAGCAAUGGACAUUAUGGUGGCCGAAUAAUGUUGAGUAGCUUAAAAGGCUUGAAUUCAUUCAAAAUCUGUAUUUAAUACCUGAUACCUGUCGAUUUUUUCAAGGAUUGGUCAUUAACACCUGUGUAGUGAAAGUAAUGAGUAAUAAAUAUUUUAGUGGCACCAUUUAAUACAUACCUCCAAUUCAUACACACUUUCCUGGACACUGGAGCUCUUGUGAACUAUCAAGUUCAAUCAAAUAUUAUGUCUUACCCUGGACGACCUCCAAUGAUGCAGGGGUUACCAAUGGCUUAUAUGCCAAUGGGAGGACCAGCCCCUAUGGGAAUGCAGGCUGUUAUGCCAAUUCAGCAUAUGGUGCCAAUACAGGUUAGUGGUGCACCUCAAAUCAGAGCAUAUCCUAAGCUGAAUCCAAACCGUGAGCAACAGAAACAGAUGCAAGGGCCAGCUGUUACAGUAUUUGUUGGUAAUAUAACCGAAAGAGCUCCCGAUGCGAUGAUCCGUCACAUUCUAGCGGCUUGUGGUCAUGUCAUCAGCUGGAAAAAAGUGAAGGCUUUUGGAUUUUGUGAAUUGGCUGGACCAGAUGCUGGAUUGAGGGCUGUGAGAAUUUUACAUGAUCUUAUCAUAGCAGAUAAGCGAUUAGUAGCUAAGGUUGAUGCUAAAACUAAAUUAGUUUUAGAUGAAUAUAAAGCGGAGAGGCGAAAACGGCAGAAAGGAACAACAUCCCCUCUUCAAGAUGAACCUGAAGAAGAGGAACUUGAUGAAGAAACUCAAGCACUUGAUGCGGUUGCUUUAGAAAGAAUAAGGCAGAUCAUUCACGAGUAUCAGGAGGAAAUGAAUAAUUUUGAAGCUAAAAAGGAAGAGGAAGUGAUUGAAAAAUGGAACAAAGUAUUGGCAGAAGCUGAGGUUGAAGAAGAAAAACGGGAUUUGAUCACCAGAGAAAUUGGCAAGUUUCGUGAAAUCAUGAAAAAACAAGAGGAAGAGAAGGAGGUGCGCAAGAAAAAAGAAGAACAAAAAGAUAAAUCAUCUCGCGAUCGAGAAAGAUCUGCUUCGCGUUCGCCGAGUCCAGUAAGGAAAAGGCACAGAAAAGAAGAAAAAGAAGAGAAGAAGAGACGUCGUUCGAAAUCAAGGUCUCAAGAGAAGAGUAGAGAGAGGGAAAAAGACAGAGACAGGGAACGCGAGAAAGAAAAGGAGCGUGAGCGCGAACGAGAGAGGGAGAGAGAGCGCGAAAGGGAGCAACGCGAACGCGAGCGAGAGAGAGAGAAGGAGCGUGAACGGGAAAGGGAAAGAGAUCGCGAUAGGGAUAGGGAUCGGGAUAAUAGAGAUAGGGAUAGAGACAGGGACAGAGAACGCGUCAGGGAGAGGGAUAGAGAUGACUCCAAGAAUGGUAGGGAUCUGCUGAAGGAAAAGGAGCUGGAAGAAGAAUCCAAGGAGAAGAAAAAAGCAGAGAGGAGAGCUCGAGAAAAGGAAGCUGCUUAUCAAGAAAGAUUGAGAGCUUGGGAGACGAGAGAAAAACGUAAAGCUAAGGAAUAUGAGAAAGAAAGGGAGAGAGAUAGAUUGAGAGAGGAAGAGAGAGAACAUGAUGCAAAGAGACUCAAAGAAUUUUUAGAAGAUUAUGAUGAUGAACGGGAUGAUGUGAAAUUCUACAAGGGCAGAGAACUACAGAAAAGAGUGGCAGAUAGAUUGAAAGAGGCUGAACUGGAUAGCAGAGACAGAAUGAAAGAAAAAGAAGAAAUCGAGGAACUCAAGAAUAGGAUAUUUGCCGGUGAACAUGAAGAUCCCAACGCUGAAUUCGAAAGAGCCAAAAAAGAAAGAGAAGAUUUGUACAAACCCCGACUACUCAUCGACGUUAACUUGGAACACUGGAAGCAGAAGGAGAGAGAAAAAGAAAGAGAACUGGAAAGGCACAAAGCAAGAGAGAGGGAAAGGAAUCGAGAGAUGGACAGGGAAAGGGAUAGGCAAAGACAACGAGAAGAAAGAGAAGAAUACGUGAGACAACAGGCAGCACAGGAACUAGCAGCUGUUGAAGCUGAACCCAUAGAUAGUGAUAGCGAUAUAGAUGAUAAUCAUUACAGUCCUGCCCCUCCUGAACCCGACAAUGUGUCACUAGACAAUUUAGACUCGACACAGUGGACGCAAAUUCAAGCACCAGAUGAAGACUCUAGGCAUUCUUUCGCUUCAAAUCAUGAAGAUCAUUCAGCUCCGACUGGUACCGGCAUGAAGAUAACCUUAUCGAAACCGAUCACUCUUCAGUCACCCACGAGGGAUUCGAAAAGAAAGAAAUCUAGCCUCAGAGAUGUCUUCAACCCUGAUGAAGAUGACAGUAAUACUCAUGUGAGGAAACGAAAAUUAGUUCCUUUAGAUUAUAGUGAAGAUAAAAAAGCGAAAAAGGAGAAGGACAAAGAAAAGGAGAAGGAAAACGGAGAGAAAGAGAAAAAAAUCGAUGAGACGAAAUCCCAAGAGGAAAAACGUAAAAACAUCAAAUCGCUGAUAGAAAAGAUACCGACUGAGAAAGAUGCCUUGUUUGCAUACCAGCUAGACUGGGACGCCAUAGACAAUGGGUUGAUGGAGAGAAAAAUUCGACCGUGGAUCAACAAGAAAAUAAUCGAGUACAUUGGGGAACCAGAACCCACAUUGGUUGAUUUUAUCUGUUCGAAAGUGUUAGCUGGGUCACAGCCUCAAAUUAUCCUGGAAGAUGUUCAGAUGGUGCUGGACGAAGAAGCCGAAGUAUUUGUUGUAAAAAUGUGGAGGUUGUUAAUUUAUGAAGUUGAAGCAAAGAAAUUAGGGUUAGGGAAGUGAUGUAAUUUCGCUAUUUUUGUAUCUUGUACAUAUUUAAUUAGAAAUCGCGAAUACUUCGAUCCAUUGUGGAAAAAAGUAAUAACAUAUUUUUAUAUUAUGUUCUGUUUAUCCUUGAAAUAUGUUCAAUGAUAAUUAUAGUUCUGCUAUGAAGUGUUUUCAAUUAUUUUUUGUCAUUUGUAAUAAAUCGUAUUUUCUCUUUCUUUGGUGAUGACGGAGGAUUGAGAAAUAAAACCAGUGUUCAUA